AUGUGCAGGGGCCAGUAUCUGGAGCACCAUCACUUUUACCAUCAACUGUGUCCUCGAUGUGCAGAACACAACUGGGAGAAGCGGCACCAGACCGCAGACAUGCGAGGCAUGAUUUGCGUGGUCACUGGUGGACGCGUCCGCAUUGGUUUUCAAAUAGUUUUGAAAUUACUUCGAGCCGGAGCAUUUGUGCUGACAACAACGCGGUAUCCGUGUGAUUGUGCUCUUCGGUAUUCCAAAGAGCCUGAUUAUCAUGAAUGGCGCGAGCGGUUGGAGGUAUGUGGGCCGCUCGAACUCUGCGAUAUGCGGCUUGUCGAGCGCUUUUGCCAGCAGCUCCUGCGACGAUUUCCACGCAUUCACGUUCUUAUCAACAACGCAGCGCAAACAUUGACUCGGCGGGAUGGAUGGAAUGCUCGUAUGGCCGAGCUGGAAGGCAGAGCUGCUGCGAGCAUCAAUGGCCUAGCAGCGAUUCGCCAACCUGCGCAGCUCAGCGAGAUGGCUUUGCCUUGCCCUCCUGGAGAGCGAUUGGAUGUUGUCCCAAUUCCAGAUGCUAAUGUCAUGUGGACAGAGGCUGCAGCUUUGGAGGAUUUCCCGAAAGGGCGGCUUGAUGACUCCAGACAGCCACUAGAUCUCUCGGCCCAGAACAGCUGGUCCAGACGUUUGGAGGAGGUUGACACCCUGGAGCUUCUGCAGACGCUGGCGGCAAACACUGCUGCCCCGUUCAUUCUCUGUAGCAAGCUUGCAACAGCAUUGGCUCCAAAAGAGGAGUCUGAACCGUAUGGUCACAUUGUCAACGUGAGUGCUUUGGAGGGCAAAUUUUCCGUGAAGAACAAAAGCUCCGGUCACCCGCAUACAAAUAUGGCAAAGGCGGCGCUUAACAUGAUGACACACACAGCCUGCAAGGACAUGUAUCGUCGCCGGAUUUUGAUGAACUGCGUGGACACGGGCUGGGUGACGGACAUGGCACCCGGUGGUGUGGGUGCUGUUGCUGCCAGCCACGAGACCUGGGUCGGUCCGCCUCUAGACGAAGAGGAUGGGGCAGCUCGAGUUCUCGAUCCUGUCUUCAGCCACCUUUUGGACGAGACAUGGCUUCUGCGCGGAAAAUUCUUCAAGCGCCUUGGAAGCGGACAGUCUCACUCUGCAACAUCAUGA